UGAAGGCGAACCUCCGAUUCCACUAUUGUUGCUCACGCUAAUACUGUUCACGACACAAAUCGUAGGAAAAUGGCGAAGAGGUGGCUUCCCUUUUCGCUCCUCUUUCUAGUUCUCUCCCUGUACUGUGCUGCGUCGGCUGAUGACAGCGGCAUUAAGAAAAUGAAGAUACAAUUUGCAACUGGGCCACUUCUUAAAUUCCAAAUCUGGUAAGCGAUGACAACAAUACAUUUUGAGUAGACCUCUUGUCUUGUUGUUGUUCAGCUAGCAUCAGCUACUUGCCCGUGUGUCUAGGCCAAAAUGAAUUUCCUGUCUGGGAACCAGAUUCGUUAUAAUUUGCAUGUAACCAAAUUGACUGUCAAACGGGUCUUGUUAGCCAUAUUUUUGUUCAAAACCAUAGCAACGAAACACUUUUUCCUGAAUUAAUUAAGCUAAGGGUAAUGUACGACUAGCUAUGGCUAGUUAAAUCCUGUUAGCUAAUUCUGAUCAGGAAAUUGGGUGGGUGCAGUCAAAGAACCCUUACAGUAUCUAUGCAGCACAGUAUCUUGGUUAGCUAGCAACAUCCACAUGUUUAUGUAACUAAAUGACAACCGUGUUUAGUCUGUUGUUAAUUAAUCUGUAGUUGAGAGGUUGAAAAAAAUAAAACAUACCACCGCUGUCAAAUAGCUAAUCCUGCGAAUCCCCAUGUGGGCACUACCGGUUGGAUUCAUUUCUACCAUGUCAAGAGAAUGGGAUUAACUCAGACCAAGAGACGUGUUUUGAAUGUGAAAUGCCUUUGUUCAGUAUUUUAAUAAUGCAUUUGGGCAGUAGAUGAACCCUGUGCCAUACAGUAAUGGGAGGUCACCACUCAUGCUUUACAGGCAGCAUACAAUGCAUGGAAGUCACAACAAAAGAUCAAAGAUAACCUUGGACUUAGAGUUGUGUUUGGCUGUGGCCAAGUGUAUAUAGCCUUGCCUCUAAAGACUGUUUUUUUUCAGCGUGUGUCACUGUCUGUUCCCCUCUGGCCCUGUUUGACUCUCUCUCGCUCUCUCUCUCCCCUUCUCUCACCCAGCAUCUCCUGAGGGUACAAGCGGGUGUUUGAGGAGUACAUGCAGGCCUUGUACCAGCGUUACCCAGACAUCCGCAUUGAGGGGGAGAACUACCUUCCUCUACCCCUCUACCGGUAAGUUACACUGCGUGCCACCAUACCGUGGAAACACUUGAAGUGUAUUGCAAUGUAUUCUCCCUUGUGGUUGUUACCAACAAAUUGACUCAGGUCUUCAUCUGGUCUGUACCUAAGGGUCAACACACUACACACUUAGGCGCAUACAUAUCACCGGGUGCGGAAUCUUCUUUCUUUGCUGAUGAUUCAUACCUUGAUAUCUGCCACUUGCACAAAGCCAUUGGAUGUAAGGGUUCUCCCCAGGAUUCAAUUAACAACGUGGUGCUACUGAGUACGGCGGGGAGGGCCGGAGGGGGGGGAAGUGCCCUCCUUUGGACUUAAAUGUUUUUGCGUUUUCGAACACCUGUAACUGCCAUUUCAAGCAAUCUAGAGCAAAAAAUUGUAUUGUAUGAUAACAGAUAAAUAAAUAAAUAAAUAUGUGUGUAUAAAUAAAAAAAAGUGGCAUAGCCUGUCCACAAGGUGGUGCAGCGCCCCUCAUAUAUUCUUUGGGGAGAACCCUUGAUGUGCAUAUGUUCUACCGUCUCUCUGGAAGUUUACAUUAUUAUCAUCUUGUUUUCUGUCCUCAGACACGUUGCUUCCUUCCUGUCCAUGUUCAAGCUGGCACUGAUUGGACUGAUCAUCAUCGGCAAGGACCCCUUCGCCCUCUGCGGUAUGCAAGCCCCAGGCAUCUGGGUCUGGAGUCAGGAGAAUAAGGUGAGACUCUCUUAUGUUUAAAAUUCGACAUAACACUUGGUGUUAGCGUCACAGGCAUACCUGCUCUAAUGGAAAUUAAAGGGUAGAUGUAGACAAGAAUAGUCACUACCUCUCAAGGCACACAUACAGACCUUACCCAUGGGAUUUCAUUAAUGCCUCAUUUGGGAGAGUGAGAAAAUGAUGCAGUCUUUGUUUGUGUGUAUUGUUUACCCUGGCUGUCAACCUGGAUCUCCAAGGUAACAUGAGUCCAUGGUGCUGAAGUAGAAGGCACACUAUUAAAAUCCCCUCCAUGUAUAUCCUAAACACACUGGGGGCCAAUAAAAAUGUACCUGUUAUGUAAGCACUAACACGGCAGCAUUCCUCUGUCUGUUCCUCUGCCUACUGCUAUAACAUGUUGGUGUGUUUCCCUGGGCUGGGUACACAGACAAAAGGGCUAUGGAAUUUUGCACCCUAAUCCUUGGCAGAACCGAUGUGCAUAUUGACCAAUGACACAUUUUACUUGAAGUCCAACUUUCGCUCGUAAUUGAUUGAUGUUGAUAUUGAAUUUCUGUUUCGGUCUCUCUUUCAGAUUUAUGCCUGCAUGAUGGUAUUCUUUUUCAGCAACAUGAUUGAAAACCAGUGUAUGUCAACAGGAGCUUUUGAAAUCACAUUAAACGGUAAGGCUCACUUUACCUUUGCAUGAGUAUGCACAAAACCUUUACGGAGCCUACAUAGAUGUCAUUGAAAAAUACCACACAGAGAAGAGAGUUAAUGUGUUUGUACCUCCCUGGGCAGAUGUGCCAGUGUGGUCCAAGCUGGAGUCGGGUCACCUACCCUCCAUGCAGCAGCUGGUCCAGAUCCUGGAGAACGAGAUGAAGAUGAACGUACACAUGGACACACUCCCCCACCACCGCUCCUAACCCUUCCUCUACUCCCCCCUCGGAUGGAGCCAAAGACCCCUCCACGUACGCAACCCUCCUCGUCCCAUCUUUUAUCCACCUCAAUUUGCACAGUGGAAAUAACCACUAUCGCACACACACCCAAUACCUCAGACAAAUUUACUGUGUGGUAUGGGGUUUGUGAACUUUCAUAUUGUAUUCACAUGACCAUAGUUGUCAAUUAGAUUACUCAACCCAUUUUUUGACAACUUCAAGGACUUUAUUUUUGUAGGCUUUGGAUGCACUUGAUGUACUCACUUUCUGUCUCCCUUUCUUUUCCUCUGCAGGUUUGAGGUGGGUUUCUCAAUGGACUGUGAGGUGAUGUUUAUGAAGGUCUGCGCUGAAGGCAGGAAGACUGCUAGCUCAGACUGGAUGUCCCCAUCGCUUCUCACCAUGCCCCUUAGAGAUGCCUCUCCUCUAAUGCUGGACUGGGAUCCACGGCAACCGUGGUGGCCAUUUUGUCGUACUAUUACAACUGCAGAUCAUUCAUCCUGGUGAAAUAAACAUUCAGCUUUGGCUAUUGCGCUCACAAGGAUCAAUUCAAGCGUAACAAUAUUGACUUUCAUGUGGAUGGUCAGAUUAAUAUUCAGGUCUUUAGUUAGCCACACAAAAUCGAUCCAUUUUAAGUAGUCGUGUUUUUAUUGAGCCAUUAUGUAUAGUUUAACCAUUGUUGUAAUUUUUCAAUAUCUUUGCAUAGCUGGAAGUGGAUCUAAUAAGAUUAAUGAAUGUCUAAUGGUGAUAGAGCUGUGUGAGCGCUGUCUGUGUUUUCUAGGACAAGGUUAGCUGAUUUGUUGUUGGUAUGAGAACAAGUAAAUUAUUUUUCUAAAGUGACUAGGUGGAUGAGCUCAAGACAAAAACCACACCAGACAUACAGUACCAGUCAAAAGU